UUUUGGCCAUCAAACGGUUAGUUCGACGACAAAAGUCACAAAACCUUCUGUCAACAACACAGCCCAAAUACCGUCUUAAUCACAUAACUGCGCACAGCGGGCACCGCCGAACCCCUCCAUUGUCAGCACCAACUUCUUCCACUUAUUGGACUAUCAUUGGAAGAGCACGUCAAUUGGUAUCACAAUUUCCAUAUAGACUCAAUCCUAGAGUCAAGAUUAUGAGCAAAAUCUUGAUUUGGGGUGUUGAAGUUAUUGGCUUCAUUUCAGUUUCUUGAAAAAGAAUCCUAAAAUCGAACUUUAGGGCUUGUUCUAUGAAUUGGGUUUUAAUUUUUUGCCUUUGGUGAUCAACGGUGGCGCUGGGUCUAAUGGCCAAUGACCCUUCAGAAUCUCAAUCUCAAUUUCCUUCCGAUCUGAAUGGAGGGAAAACUAUGGCCGACGAGUACAACGUCGAUACUGCAGAAAAACUCGCAAAUGAGGCAAUGCGUAUGCCGAUCACAGAGGCGAUGCCAAUAUACGAACAACUCCUUGCCACAUUCCCCACUGCAGCAAGAUACUGGAAGCAGUAUGUUGAAGCAUUCAUGGCUAUAAACAAUGAUGAUGCAACAAGACAAAUAUUUAGCCGCUGCUUGUUGAAUUGUUUACAAGUUCCUCUUUGGCGAUGUUACAUCCGUUUCAUUAGGAAAGUAAAUGAUAAGAAAGGAAUAGAGGGUCAGGAGGAGACUAAGAAAGCUUUUGAUUUCAUGCUUAACUAUGUUGGUGAGGACAUUGCAUCUGGUCCUGUGUGGAUUGAGUAUAUUACAUUUUUGAAAACUAUGCCGGCCCAAACCACACUAGAAGAGUCACAAAGAAUGACGGCCAUUCGGAAGGCAUACCAAAGGGCCAUCGUUACUCCCACCCAUCACGUUGAACAACUUUGGAAGGACUAUGAAAAUUUUGAGAAUUCGGUUAGCCGUGCUCUGGCGAAAGGACUGUUGUCUGAAUAUCAACAAAAAUAUAAUAGUGCGAGGGCUGUUUAUAGGGAGCGUAAGAAGUAUGUCGAUGAAAUUGAUUGGAAUAUGCUUGCUGUUCCCCCCUCUGGUUCUUCUAAGGAAGAAAUGCAAUGGAUGGCUUGGAAAAAGUUGUUAUCAUUUGAGAGAGGAAACCCUCAGAGAAUUGACAAUGUUUCUGCAAAUAAGCGAAUUGCAUUUGCUUAUGAGCAGUGCCUCAUGUAUUUAUAUCAUUACCCUGAUAUAUGGUAUGACUAUGCUACGUGGCACGCAAAAAGUGGUUCCAUAGACCCUGCAAUCAAAGUUUUCCAGCGAGCAUUGAAGGCUCUUCCUGAUUCAGAAAUGCUAAAAUACGCUUAUGCAGAGCUUGAAGAAUCACGAGGAACUAUUCAGGCUGCAAAGAAAGUAUAUGAAAGUCUUAUAGGGGAUGGAGUUGAUGCAACAGCACUGUCACAUAUCCAGUUCAUACGGUUUCUAAGAAGAACUGAGGGAGUUGAAGCAGCUCGCAAAUGCUUUCUAGAUGCCCGCAAGUCUCCAAAUUGCACUUACCAUGUUUAUGUUGCAUAUGCAAUGAUGGCCUUUUGUCUUGAUAAGGAUGCAAAGCUUGCGCAUAAUAUUUUUGAAGCUGGGUUGAAACGCUUUAUGCAUGAGCCUGGUUACAUUCUAGAAUAUGCAGAUUUCUUGUCCCGUUUGAAUGAUGAUAGAAACAUCCGGGCUUUGUUUGAACGAGCAUUGAGCUCACUUCCACCCAAUGAAUCCGUUGAGGUUUGGAAAAGAUUUUCUCAAUUUGAGCAGACGUAUGGAGAUCUUGCCAGCAUGUUGAAGGUUGAACAAAGGAGGAAAGAAGCUUUAUCUCGAACGGGGGAGGAUGGAGCAUCUGCUUUGGAGAAUUCACUGCAUGAUGUUGUAUCACGCUAUAGUUUUAUGGAUCUGUGGCCUUGCUCGUCUAUGGACUUGGAUCAUUUGGCCCGACAAGAGUGGCUCUCAAGAAACAUCAAUAAGAAGAUUGAAAAUCCUGCACCUGCUAAUGGAGCUGGUUCUGCUGAUAGGAGCAUUUCAGUAGUUCCAAAUAUUUCGAAUCUCUUUGGAAAAGUUGUUUUUCCAGAUACAUCCAGGAUGGUAAUUUAUGAUCCAAGGCAAAAGCCUGGUCCUCCUGCCUCUGGACCAACCAGUGUUUCAAGUACCUUUCCUUAUGGUGUUACAUCAAGUUUUGGUGGAACAACGAAUGCACUCAAUGAUAUGGUGAAAGCCUUACCACCAGCAUUGGCAGCCUUUGUGGCGAAUUUGCCAGCUGUUGAGGGUCCUUGCCCUGAUGUUGAUUUUGUAUUAUCCAUAUGUUUGCAAACCAACAUACCUUCGGCAACUGGGAAAUCACCUCAGCAGUUACAGGUCGGGCCUGUCCCAAGUUCCAGCGACCUUUCUGGUUCAAGCAAAUUUAAACAAACAAGAGACAGACAGCCGGGAAAGAGGAAAUCUUUAGAGAGGCAAGAUGACGAUGACACUACCACUGUCCAGAGCCAGCCAUUACCUAGAGAUGCUUUUAAGUUACGCCAGUUACAAAAGGCUCGUGGUAGUAGUUCACGUGCAGGUGGUGGUGGUUCUGCUGCUUCUGCAUCAUAUGGGAGUGGGUUCUCUGGCGAUUUCUCUGGAAGUUCUGGUUGAUGUAUUUCAUCUACUUUUUGUUAAUUUAAUUUUGUACAGAAACUGUGGUUGUGAGUUAUCUUCUUUUAUACAAGUAUAAUUUUAUGUUAUUUAAGAGUGAGUGUAAUAGAAGGAUUUGUGAUGACUGUUGUACACGACGAACCAUUUUUGUAUCAAUUAAUAAAUGAGAUUCUUUUGUUAUUUUUC